UGUCAAAUGUUCCACUCCAGAGUCUUGGCCUCUAGGAGGCAGGAACAGCAGGCCUGGCCAGCCCAAAGGACUCUCUGUCCAGGAUGUAAAUGAGCACACUGCUGGCCCAUGCGCCUCAGGGCUGUAGAGGGCAGCCUCAGAGGCACUGGGCACUCCUGGCACUAUGGAUGACGCUGCUGUCCUCAAGAGACGAGGCUACCUCCUGGGGAUAAAUUUAGGAGAGGGCUCCUAUGCAAAAGUAAAAUCUGCUUACUCUGAGCGCCUGAAGUUCAAUGUGGCGAUCAAGAUCAUCGACCGCAAGAAAGCCCCCGCAGACUUCUUGGAGAAAUUCCUUCCCCGGGAAAUUGAGAUUCUGGCCAUGUUAAACCACUGCUCCAUCAUUAAGACCUACGAGAUCUUUGAGACAUCACAUGGCAAGGUCUACAUCGUCAUGGAGCUUGCGGUCCAGGGCGACCUCCUCGAGUUAAUCAAAACCCGGGGAGCCCUGCAUGAGGACGAAGCUCGCAAGAAGUUCCACCAGCUUUCCUUGGCCAUCAAGUACUGUCACGACCUGGACGUCGUCCACCGGGACCUCAAGUGUGACAACCUUCUCCUCGACAAGGACUUCAACAUCAAGCUGUCCGACUUCAGCUUCUCCAAGCGCUGCCUGCGGGAUGACAGUGGUCGAAUGGCAUUAAGCAAGACCUUCUGUGGGUCACCAGCGUAUGCGGCCCCAGAGGUGCUGCAGGGCAUUCCCUACCAGCCCAAGGUGUAUGACAUCUGGAGCCUAGGCGUGAUCCUCUACAUCAUGGUCUGUGGCUCCAUGCCCUACGACGACUCCGACAUCAAGAAGAUGCUGCGUAUCCAGAAGGAGCACCGCGUCAACUUCCCACGCUCCAAGCACCUGACAGGCGAGUGCAAGGACCUCAUCUACCACAUGCUGCAGCCCGACGUCAACCGGCGGCUCCACAUCGAUGACAUCCUCAGCCACUGCUGGAUGCAGCCCAAGGCACGGGGAUCUCCCUCUGUGGCCAUCAACAAAGAGGGGGAGAGUUCCCGGGGAGCUGAACCCUUGUGGACCCCCGAACCUGGCUCUGACAAGAAGUCUGCCACCAAGCUGGAGCCUGAGGGAGAGGCACAGCCCCAGGCACAGCCUGAGACAAAACCUGAGGGGGCAGCAAUGCAAAUGUCCAGGCAGUCGGAGAUCCUGGGUUUCCCCAGCGAGCCGUCGACCAUGGAGACAGAGGAAGGGCCCCCCCAACAGCCUCCAGAGACGCGGGCCUAGUGAGCUUCUUGCGGCCCAGGGAAUGAGAUGGAGCUCACGGCUUAAAGCACGAGCUCUGAAGAAGUCAAGGGUGGAGCCAGAGAAGGAAGGCAGUCCCAGAUGAGCCUCUAUUUUCAUCAGUUUCUUCUCUCUCCCCUUGAACUUGGUAACCCCCAUGGUUCUCCCGUGGCCCCUAGGUGGAUGAGGCCAAAGUCAAAUCCAAGGCUGAGACAGUCGUGCGACUCCUACUCCCCCAGAGCGUGACCCGGAGCAGGUGCUGGACACAGAGCCUGUCUCAGCAGAGGGGCCCCACUGGCCGCAACGGCUCAGUGACAGCACGAGCAGGAAGAGCAGCAGGAAGGCACCGCUGUCCACCUUGGGCACCAUUUAUCCUCCUGUCAUCGUGCCCGGGGCGGUUGCGUGACCCCGCUGGGAGGCCAGACCGGGCCGGACUGAGGGUCAGGGGACCGGGCUGGGUUGGGGGUCGGGCGGGGCUGGACGGGGACGAGGCGCGGAGAGGCGGCGGGAAAGAGCUUCGACUGGGCCGCGGGCUCGCGGGCACUCUCGGCUGCAGCCUCUGGAGCUCCGACUCCAGCUCUGGGGAAGAUCCAUAAACUUUUAAAGAAGCCUCAAAACAUACUUUUAAAGCAUUAAGCUUUAAAGUGCUAGAAAUCUUGUGCCCCAUAUGUGCUUCUUUCAGUAUUAUCCUAGAUCCUCAGGAGUAGCAUGGCAACUGGAGAAAAUGGGAGGAAAGACAAGAAGAAAUAGAAGCUGAUUUAACAUCAAGUUUAUUCAGUUUUGAUUUUUCUUAUCUCUACUGGCUUUCUCCUGUUCAAACCUUGUAGCGGUAGUAUUUGGAAAAGAGCACUUGGAAAUUAUAUUCCUGUUUUUAACUCUUUAUAUUUAAUCCUUCUCCUUGUAAUUGAUUUUGUAACUAAUUUACUCCCCAGCACCCCCAGAAGAAAAUUUUACAGACAAAGGAAAAUGUUUUAUUUUUCUUUUUUCCUUAUCAACUUUUUAUUUAAAUGCUAAUAUCCAGUUAAUGGACAAACAAAUCAGCUAAUACUGGAAACAAUGUAACAUAAUAGUGAAAAGCAUGAACUUUU